CCUUCCACUGAAGUAUUUCGCAUACUUCAACACUUGAAAAUCCCUCUGCGAAAAGAGAGGACCUAAUCGCUUAUUCCGUGGAAUCAAGCAGAAGUACAGCAAAAAUCUUAUUUAAUUUCGUUGCAUUGAACCGUGCGGUAAGAAAUUUUCGAGUUCGAGUUCGUGUUCGUCUUUCCGCUUCAAAGCGAAGGACAAACUAACAGCAGAUUCCCACGUUCCGUGUUCUUCCCGUGUUCCACGCAAAAGUAAGGAAAAAGUUCCAACAGGAGUGGUGCAAAAAAAAGCUUAGCUUUUGGUGAAAAUUAUCCGUUCCUCGAGCUCUGACCGUCGUGUCCAGCAAGGUGCAAAAUGUUGAUCAAAGAAUUUCGAGUUACGCUACCACUGACGGUGGAGGAGUACCAAGUAGCACAGCUGUACUGCGUGGCGGAAGUGUCUAAAAAUGAAACCGGUGGUGGGGAAGGUAUUGAGGUGCUGAAAAAUGAGCCUUUCGACAACUAUCCACUGCUUGGUGGAAAGUACAAUUCCGGUCAGUAUACGUACAAAAUCUAUCAUUUGGCCUCCAAGGUCCCGGCCUUUAUCCGGCUGCUUGCACCGAAGGGAUCGCUAGAAGUGCACGAGGAAGCCUGGAAUGCAUAUCCGUACUGCCGGACAGUCAUAACCAAUCCCAAUUGGAUGAAGGAGAAGAUGACCAUCACGAUCGAGACGUACAGUAUCGAUGGUGACGACGAUCUCGAGAACGCUCACGAGUUGACGCCAGAAAAGCUAAAGCAACGUGACGUAGUCCACAUCGACAUCGCAAACGAUCCCGUCUCGCAGACGGAUUACAAAGAGACGGAGGAUCCCACGAAGUUCAAGUCGAAGAAAACUGGACGUGGCCCGCUUGUCGGACCGGAAUGGAGAAAGAGCGUGACGCCAGUAAUGACCUGCUACAAGCUGGUCACCUGCGAGUUCAAAUGGUUCGGACUGCAAUCCAGAAUAGAGAACUUCAUCCAAAAGUCCGAGCGGAGACUGUUCACCAUAUUCCACCGGCAAGUGUUCUGCUGGAUGGACAGCUGGCAUGGGCUAACCAUGCAGGAUAUCCGCGAGCUGGAGGAUAAAACCAAAGAGGAGCUGGACAAGCAGCGCCACGUCGGCGAGGUGCGUGGUAUGCGUGCCGAAAGUGACUAGAUCAUCGUCCACUCCGGUCCGAUCACCGUCUGCUGUGAGCUGUGAGCUAAAAAGUGGAAGCAAACCGGCAUUAUUGGUGCAGGUGUGGAUGUUUGAAGAGGAACAGAAUAGGGUUUUUUGCCAUUUACCCCUUCCCCUUUCAUUCCGCUUCCAAGCGCCAAGUGGUCGUACCGGUGUAAUAUGGGUAGGAAGUUGAAGAGUGUUUAUUUUUUGCUCGGUUUUCAUUAUAAGUUUUUUUUUUUUGAGAAUUGUUUUUUUUUGUGUUCUUUCUCUCGACCGCAAACCAAGCAAGGAAGAGAGAUAGAGACAAGGAGACGAAGAGACGAAGAGAGAGGUAGUGAGGGGAAAGGGAACUAGAAAUUAUGGUGGUGUUAAAUGCAAAAAAGCAAAACUGGGGGGACAUCAACAAAACAAUGCUAACAGUAAGAUGAAAGAGGCAAAACAGAGGACGGUGUGCAGAUGGGUGUAUGUGUGUAAGUGCAGUAGGAAUGCCAGAAAAGAGUCAGAAAAAAAUAGUGCAAGACAUAUUGUAAUAGCAUAAGCAAAAACAGUAGACAAUUACUAAAUUCACGCAUGUGCAACAGCACGUACCCGCUAGAAGGCAGCAGAACAUAACAUUCGCAAAAGCAAAACUAUACCUAAUGUUAACGAAUAGAAUGCAGAGUAACCGAAUAAAUUGCAAUAAACAAGAAAGGGCUAGUGUUCGCAAUCCGUGCAAAAGGAGAAGGCGGAGUAGGAAAUGUGAUGUAUGAAACCAUUUAAGGGAUAGCCAACAAAUCUAUCCUAUAUACCACCACCACCACCACAUAGCGGCAAAAUCGCAGCGGGUUAAGCAAUAUACGGCAAGAAAAUAAAAAAAAACACCUCCAUAUGUAGCUCCGAUGCAACAGGCAACACGUACCCCAAAUACAGACCGAACAUACGGAGGCUGUAAACAAACAAACAAACAAACAAACAAAAACAGAACACAUGCAGCGUACUGGAAUACCUUGGAACAUACGAUGCAAGACCAGUGUGGGUUCUUACAAACUGCUCCCAUCCUCUUCACCGGGCGACAACUUGCGCUAGUGAUAAACUUAAUAGACAAGGAUAACAAACAUUGCAAAACGAGCACCACAAAACAAAACAAAUAACUGCUAUAUAGGCACAUGGCUGCUACCUUUAAAUGCUCCCCAAAUUGCGAAGCCUAUUUUCCAUUUGCGAAGCACGUUAGUAAACGCAACGAGUUGAAUGCCAUUGGAGAAUAUGCAGAGUGCAGAGUGAAACAGAGGAAAGGAAAUUACGAAAUGAAAUGAAGAAGAAGAAGAAGAAGAAGAAAAACACAGAUGAGCAAGGAAAGGUGAAACGGAAGUUCAAUAAAACACCAUUUGAAGAAAAACAAAACAAAAAAAUCUGAAACAUCCGGCUGGGCACAAACGCCGGGAGCGGCGCAAAACUUUUAGCGAAAGAAACAAAUAUAUGCACUUUAUUGCAUUUUGCAAGCGAAGACAACACUACUCGAUGCAAAGCAAAACCACACACCCAUGCAUACCCAGUUCCCACGGAAGAAGGAAAAAAAAACACACACGAUACAUAUAGUAAGUAGUCGAUCGGUCAGAGCAAAAAAAAAACACAUUCAUUCAAAAAGCACCAUGCGUCUCCAUAAUGCAGCGAUUUUUCUGUUCUGUUCGGUUUUUCGCAAUCAGUUUCGCAAACAAGCAGUUGUGUGUGUGCAUGUUGGAAAAGUACAAAAUGCAUUACAUUUAAAUUACCGCUGUGGAACUGUUGGAGGAUCCCAACCGACCAAAUAAAGCAGAAAUUGUGACCGAAAGCACUAGCGCAUCUGCUGAUCAUCAUGAUCGUAUGAUCCAGUGCAGUAUGGUAGGCAAGAAUGUAGGAUGACAAAGUAGUAAAAGCUGUGUAAACAUGGUUUAGCCGGACGGAAGGUUGUAAGAUGAUUCGUGCAAGCUUAGUGCAGUAGAGCAGUUGGUUACAUAAAUGUGUAAUAGAAAAAUAUUGUCAAAAGGUCAAAAAGAAUUCCUGCAGCAUUUUUGCUACCGGUGCUGCUGAUAUAGACAUUGUGUUUAUAACACUCUAGGUACGCUUUACCUUUUUGUCUGUUCACAAAUGUAGUUACAGACUGUUUACAUGUCAGAAGCAACAAAAAAAAAGUCAACGAAACAAGUCUACGGCCGGGUGGGCUGGUAGUCGUGUGUUGCAUCGUGAGGUUGUUAAAUUCUCUUUGGCCAAACACAGCCAUUCGAAUCUACCAACCACGAUGCAAACAGGCCACAAAGAAAUAGAACAGGCCAAACACAUGUCAGAAUCAAACACAUGUUGUCUCAAAAUGAGAUAAGAAAUGCUGCCAUUGUUACAAUGUAAGCAAAUCAUUAAUAGUAUAUUUUAAUUAUCCGUUAAAUCGUUCUUGCUAUAUAUAUUUAUUUUUUUAGUGUUGUUGAACAGGUAAGUUUGGUUUAGGUUUAAUGCGUUUUUAAUUGUGUUACACCUUUCAACAUUUAGUAUUUUGAUUUGUAGUCUUCGUUUCCGUACCCGAUUUGUAAAUUUUCUUUAAGAUCUGUUUUGCCGUUUUGAAAAGCAAUUUACAAGAGAAAUAUCUUAUUUUUUUGUAAAUGCAAAUAACGAAUACACGUAAAAACCAACAACCGCAGCUUGAACAAAUUCUCUUUUCCGGGGGAAAAAACACAAACAAUCGGGCAGCUAUUAAAGCUUUCAAAAAUGGAGUUCGAAGACAAUAUAUAAAGAAUGAAUAGCAUGAAUCCACAAAUAUUCAACUUUGCAACCAUUUAUAACAUGGUCUCGUCAGUAACUGACACUGUAAAGGAGCGAAUGGAUGCAAUACUUUCAGAACUAUGUUUAAGCCAUCGAUGAAUGCGAUCGAAGUUUAAUUAGGUUUAGUGUAAAGUUCCUUAUAAUAUUGCGAUACUUUGAGAUGCGAUUCAACCGGCAAGGAUUCGAGUGUUGAAUAAUAUCGUACGCCUUAUGUUUGUUUGAUUUUUUCUCUCCCUGAAAAGAAUAAAUUUCUCGUUCUACUUUAAAAAAAUGUUCUGUUCACUUUAGCAAUCUUUUGCCGGAGCCGUCCUUUCUAAACACGCUAUUACAAAAUUCGUUGUAACUAAUAGAUAUUUAAACAGUAUACUCCUAACCUAUCCCCCUCUCGUAUGUAUCCUAACACACACACACACACACAACACAAAUUCACCACAAAAGACUUCAAAUAAAAGCUCAAAAGUAGCACUGAAGCAUUUAAAAGGUACGGAAAGCUCGGUUUAUAGUCUUCUUUCCACGGUAUAAAAAUGUAUCCGUGGAUUAUUGAAACUACAAAGUAUUUACACACUCAUGCACUCUCAUGUAAACAAAUGUAAACGUUCACAUUCACAAAAUCACAGUACUGUUCAGUAAUUGGAAGUUAUUUACUCUGGUAAAGUGGUAAAAUCCCGCUCCCGCAAAACCACUCUUAAACGAAGAUGAAUGCCC